GUUGCAGAUAACAGUGCAGCUGCCUGGUCUGAUUUGCUGGGCAGCCUGACAGCCGUGCUGCUUGCCUUGUGUGUGGGACUACUGUACCCUCUGUAAAUAGCAGCUAUGAGGCUCACUGCUGCAGUGUCCUCGUGGGUCCCUGACGGUAAGGACACCCACUUAGUCUAGUCUGCACCUCAGGAGUCAAUGUCCUGUGAGCACUCAUUAUGAAGAGGGAUCUGGCGCUAAUUGGCCUGGCCUUCCUGUCACUGCUCACAUCUGGAUAUCCUCAGCAGACCGUGGAUGAUGCCUGCUCUGUGCAAAUCCUUGUCCCAGGCCUCAAAGGGGAUGCUGGAGAGAAGGGAGACAAAGGUGCACCAGGAAGGCCUGGAAGAGUCGGCCCCACUGGAGAUAAAGGAGACAUGGGUGACAAAGGACAGAAAGGCAAUGUGGGUCGUCAUGGAAAAAUUGGUCCCAUUGGUUCUAAAGGUGAAAAGGGAGACUCUGGUGACAUAGGCCCCCCUGGCCCAAGUGGAGAACCAGGCAUCCCGUGUGAAUGCAGCCAGCUAAGGAAGGCCAUUGGGGAGAUGGAUAACCAGGUCACCCAGCUGACAACUGAGUUAAAAUUCAUAAAAAAUGCACUGCCCUCCCCCGCAGCUGUUGCUGGCGUGCGAGAGACAGAGAAUAAGAUCUACCUGCUGGUGAAGGAGGAGAAGAGGUACGUGGACGCGCAGCUGGCCUGCCAAGGGCGCGGAGGCACGCUGGCCAUGCCCAAAGACGAGGCCGCCAACAGCGUCAUGGCGGCUUACAUCGCGCAGGCGGGCCUGGCGCGCAUCUUCAUCGGCAUCAACGACCUGGAGAGAGAGGGCAUCUUUGUCUAUGGUGACCGCUCCCCCAUGCAGACGUUCAACAGGUGGCGCAGUGGGGAGCCUAACAACGCCUAUGAUGAGGAGGACUGUGUGGAGAUGGUGGCCUCUGGGGGCUGGAACGAUGUGGCUUGCCACAUCACCAUGCAUUUCAUGUGUGAGUUUGACAAGGAGAACGUGUGAGCGCAGCGUGGUUGGCCCCAUCAUCCAUUAUGCCAGAGGUGGCACUUCCCAGGGCCCUUGGUGGACAGAGGGCUUACUCCCAAAAGCCUGAGGGAAGGGCUAUUAUUUCUUAUUAAUUAAGGGUGAUUUUCCUCCGCACCUCACAGAAUGGUGCAUGCUUAGGAGGCAGAAAAAAAAAAAAGUCUGGGGUGUUGUUUCUGAGGAAGUAAAUUUUUAUUACUUGUAUUGUAGCCAAAACGUUCAUUUAUGUAAAUGCUACUCAGAAUCGCUCUUACCUUUCCUCAGGCCGUAACACAAAAUCUUUAAAUAUCUCCCUACUUAAGUACACACAGUGAACUUAGGGUCUUAAACUACUGUCUUCACUUUUAGUUUCUAGUUGGAAGAACACCCCACUCACCUUAGACCAAUGUUGCUGUUAAUAAUAUUAAAGCAUAUGUUCCUUUGUUCAGUGUUAUCCAAAAUAAAAAAGUAAUUUUGCUUUGCUUCAAAUCCAGAGUUGAAGAAAAGGAAAGAUAAACUUUCCAUAUUUUAACAACUGAA